UCCUGUUUUAAGGAAUGUAUCUGCGCAUGCGCUACAACUCUGAAGAGUAAGAGGAGGGGAUGCCCUAUAGUAGCUUUAAUAUUAGGCUUCGGAAAAAAAACCUCUGUCUCUCAGUCGCUCUGUGAACACGAGAUUCAUCGGUUGUGUGUCUACAUAGUAAAGUUUGGGUGUGUCUACAUAGUAAAAAUGUAUGCUGCCGGUGCUGAAGUGAACGCUAAACAAGCAAAUUAUUACAUGCCUGCUCAACAUGAGGACGAGGCUCCACCGAGCAAGAAAAUGUGCGAGAGCGUUCCACGACCUCCUGCUAUGCAUAUCUUAGGACGCCGAUACGCUUUGACUGCAACUGCUUAUAAAUAUUUGAAUAUCGGAAUCAGCGUAGGAGCUGAACCCGUCAUAGACAUAGUCAUUGAUGAUAAUCGUGGCAAACAACUGCUAUUGCCGAUCAAAACUUGGAAUGCGCUAAUGGGGCAACGUGCUGAUAUCCAAAGAUUUCUGCAGGCCAAUUUUUAUAAGUCAUCGUAUCCCCCGAUGCGUAUAGAAGAAUUAACAAUAACGUCAUGUAAGAUGUACAACUCACAAAUUAUACGUUAA